UCUAAAGCAAAGCUCUAAAGCUCCAUGUAGUCUGUUCGUCCUCUCGCAGAUUGAGUCGACUGCACGCCAAGUAGGCUAGCAAGCGUGGCUAGGCCUAGUUCCUAAAGAUCAGUGCCUCUGAGGUGAAUCACUUGUCAGUUCUUGGAGUAAUGUCUGAAUUACAGAGAAAAGCUCAGAUGAAAGGUAUAUCUAGCAAACUCCCUCCGAUGCCACCCAAAGGGCCUUCCUCAGGGUCAAGGAGUUUGUCUCUGAGACUGGGACACCCCAGAAAGCGGGAUUUUUCACAACUACCAUGGAGUGACUACUUUCACUCAUGCCAAGAUGUGGAGGUUGACAAAGACAAUAUCUUCCGUGUGUAUCGACGAGGUGCAGAGGGUCCUGUGGUGUUGUUCCUACACGGUGGUGGUCUGUCAUCGCUCUCAUGGGCUGUGCUGGCAUCUCUAGUCACUAAGUCAGUCAGAUGUCAAUGUCUUGCUAUGGACUUCAGAGGUCACGGUAACACAGUGACACCCAAUGAACAUGACCUCUCAGCUAGCACACUAGCAAGAGAUGUUGGUAACGUCAUUACAGCACUCUACGGUGAUGAGAAUGUUCCACCAAUCAUCAUGGUCGGUCACAGUAUGGGCGGAGCUAUAGCCAUUCAUGCAGCUGUGCAGUUUCUGGUACCAUCUCUUGCUGGUUUGAUCGUCAUUGAUGUUGUUGAAGGUACUGCAAUGGAAGCACUUCAGGGAAUGCAGAGUUUUCUACGAGGGAGACCCAAGCAGUUCAGAUCAUUAGAGUAUGCCAUUGAGUGGGCGGUCAAGAGUGGGCAGAUAAGGAACCUAGAGUCAGCCAGAGUGUCCAUGGUGGGACAGCUGAAAAGAUGUAGUCAGGAAUGCCAAACUGUAUCUGAUCAGGUGCCUAGCUGUUCAGCAAGUGAAGCAAUUGCAGAGGAAGACGAGGAACUAGAGAAUCCCAAAGAUGCCAGCUCACCCACCCAACAACAAGAGGAAGUCUCAGCAUCAACCUCGGUACCUUACACGUGGAGAGUGGAUCUCUCAAAAUCAGAAACCUACUGGAAAGGAUGGUUUGAAGGCAUGUCCAACCUCUUCCUUUCAUGUGCAGUACCAAAGAUGCUGCUCAUAGCAGGUGUAGACAGGCUAGAUAAAGAUUUGAUUGUGGGUCAGAUGCAAGGCAAGUUCUGGAUGCAAGUACUACCACAAUGUGGCCAUUGUGUGCAUGAAGAUCAGCCACAGAAGGUUGCUGAUAUCUUGGCAUCUUUCUUGGUGAGGAACAAACUUGCUGAGGCAGCUGAUGAGUUUGUUCGACCUUCCCCUGCAUGCUGACAACAAGACACUUCCAGAUUGCAGUGAAGAUCAAGCUCUUGUCAUUUCUUCAAUAUUGGCUGUAGUCAUGGCAUCUUGAGUGUGGAGGCAGUGUAAGGCAGGAAGGCAUUAACAUCACAAUGCUGAUUUCUAUGCAGUACCAAUAAUCACCCAUGGGAUGUUGUCCACACUUCAUUAUUCCAUUACUCCAAUCUGUACAUGUGGACUAUGGAACUUACCUGAUUUUCGCAGGUUUUGGCUAACAAGUGUGAAGCUGUUAAGCACCUGAAGAUGGCACAGUUGAUGACAUGAACAACUUGCGCUCAGAUACUCAGAUACCAUAAUGUUGGCAUUAGGCGACUGACCAAAAGAGCACAUGCUGCAGAAAUGAUCUCUCUGUGCUGGCUACCAAUUUAAACAUGACCGCAUCCAAAUAUGAGGUCAAGAGCUGGGCCUUUGUCUCUGCUUGUGGAAAAAUACUGUUUAUGGCUUGACGUUGAUGAUAGACAUAGCCACAGUCCCGGAAGCCAGUGUUUGACGUGGCCAGUGUUACAUAGAGGGUGACAUAAAUGAACAAGUCGUCCUGUGAUUGAUCUAUACAGCCGCUCCAGGGGUUGGUCUGUGUAAGGGUUUGGGAGGAGGCACAGAUACGCAGCUGUUUGUAAUUGCAGUGCAGUUGCACUGCCAACAUGUGAGUUUGCUUGUUUUCUUCACAGAGUAGGUUUUUUAUUCUCACGAGGAUCCCAUUUUAUUCAUCGUGCAGCCUUUGUUUUAAAGCACUAGCUGUGGUAACUUUGAGGAUAUUCAAAAUAUUAGGUUCUGUCUCCAAUGAUGUUUUUGUGAUACAAGAGACAUUCCACAUACAAAUUCCAAAGUGACAUGUUACAAAUAGAUACCAAUAGAUUUAGAGUAAGUGCACGUAGUGGUGACCUGCGAUUACUGUUUUCAUGAUACGCAUGUUUACAUUUUCCUGUUUUACUCUUGUAAUUUUCUCAAAUUUGUUAGGCCCUCGAUGCCAUAGUGGCAGCUGUAAACGCAUCUCUGUAAUAACUGUUAGUAUAGCAACAUUGCGAAAUGCACAGACCAUAAACUUGAAUGUUGCAAAGUAAGAUCUCACACUCACAGCUCCUUAAAAAGUGACCCAGAACCUUUCUGAAGGCAUCCUCCAUAUACUCCACCCUAUUCCUCUUACCCAGUUCUCUUCUUCCUCAUCUAGUACAUCUGUGCCCUCUAUUGUGCGGUUUUCACAUGCUGAUCCAUCUCAGUGUUAUCAACAGUGUUAGCAAGGCUGCCUUCUCUUUUACAGUUUUGUCACUUUAAACUCACUUCUUAUGGCUGUUUGUUUUACUUUAACCAUGUUCAUACUUUCCGCAAAGUAAUCAUUCAGGCUAUCUCUGCAAAAGUGGCCAUGUGGCAUUUCUUUGCCAAAUGCCUGCAGAGGGUGGGGCCCUGGCCUCUGUAGGGUGGAGAACGAACUCAUGGUAAGAGCUGGAUUGGAUGGACACACAGCAGCUUAGAUUGUCAGGGUUUCUCUUUUAUAAUGAAGCCCUCCAAUCAACAGUCAUCAAAUAACCUGGAUACCCAAAGGUAGACAUGCUCUGAAUAAUGCUGCACAGGACUAGGUCGAAGCCUCCUAAUCUUGGUUAAGAAAUCUCCACUCCACUUGUGAAAUCUUCUCUCUGCAGUGAAUCUGUCAUGGACAAGAAUAAGACUACUCCAGUUCAACAAGAUUAUGGGCCUCAUGGGAUAUCAACAUGUGGUGUAAAUAAUAAACGUAGGAUGGCCUUGAUUGUCAUAAAAAAGUCUGCCUCGAGAAGAAGCACCUCCCUGAUCAGUUGAACAAAGCCAGGUUGGUCAGGAGUGCUCAUCAAUCGCUAUAUUAUUUUAUACGAGCGACGACACUCACUGCAAUGCAUGCAUUACUAUGUACCAGAACAGUUUACACAUGCGCAAUAUUACCUUGUGCAUACUGUUUGAGCCCUAUCACUUUGAGCAUCCAUGCAUGCAUUGCCUGGCAUUUCUUCAUUAGACCAGGCUAUCCAGCCAGACCCAAGGUCGUUUCAUUUCAUUUGGACAGUACAAGAACUGUGGCUAUAAAGGGCGUUUGGCAUGACCAGUCUUUCUGUGUGCAGUCAGUAAUAUUUGUGACCGUUUAGUUGCCAGGUCCCUAAUUUUGCCACCUAUUGUUGAGUCUCAUUGCUUUUCACAGUGAGCGGCGAAAUAAGGGACCUGGCGACUAUGCCUUCACGGACGUUAGAGGUGUACAUCAAAACUUGGAGACUCUGAAAAGUCUAUUCAUUUGAAGACAGAAUAUUUCCCAACAAAGGGACUUUUCCACAAGCAGACUUGCAUUGAAAAGCCUGCACUCCAUAAUUAAUUGUUCCCCAUAUGUUUGGUUCAAUUAUGUAAGUGUGGUUUGUUCAGAUGAGUGUUUCCAGUUCUUAUGAAUUUUGACAUCAUUUAUAUCAUUAUUUUGAUCGUGCUUCGACUAGGGACCGAUCAUGAUUUUUUGAAAUGUCUUUAGGUGAUCAAAACACAUGAAUUGAUAGAGGGUAAAAGUCUGACUAAAAUGCUUUUUUAGAUGGGGUCAAUAGGUGAUUCCAUUGCCGAGAUACACCAUUUCAAAAAUUUGUGACUUAGGGCAAUUUUGGAAAAAUUGGUCAAUGUGAAUAAAGGUUUCUGAAGACCUCUUUUUCAUUGUUUAUGACCCAGUUUUUUGUCAUAAUCAAAGUAGUAAACAAAUUCGAACCGCUACAAGACCAUUAAUACAAGCCUGAGAACAACCAAAUUGUGUGUACAUGAUAUCAUUAUGGAGACCUUUCCAUCCGUCAACACCAGAGUCUUUGGGACAAUGUUGAGUUCCAUGACAACGAUAUAAACAAGUUGUUUGUUUAAUAAUGGUAAACAAGGGCAGGUUUUUAUAUUGGGAUUGUUUCUAUGGAGACUCUUCACCUUUUCCAUGCCAAAAAAAAAACCACAAAAGUAUUUUUCAUUUUCUUUAUAUAGUAACUUUUAUUUGUUUACCAUUUGUUUAUCUAUAUUUACAGAAUAAACUGCUGUAAACAAAGUAAUAAAUUCAACAAUAAAAUAAACCAAAUAAUUAAGUCUGACAAUUACAGUAUUUUCCAUUCACGAUGUGAAGUGAUUGUGCUUUAAUUCCAUCUGACCCGUUUUUAGUUUUCUUCCUAUUUCUAUUACACAUCAGAAUACAAACCUGCUGUAAGCAAAGCAGCUGAGAAAUUCAAAAUUAUUUAAAUCAUGAAGUACAAGUCAAAAACACCACCGGAUUUUUGUAAACAUGUUGCUUUUUGGUUGCAAUGGCUGUUUCCAUGCCAAAGGGAAAAUCAGGUUGUUUGUUCACUCGGAAACAUUGCCCUGAACACUGAAAUUCAUCAUGGGAUUUUUAACACGGUAUCAAGCUAGUACACAGCCAGUAAGACAGACAGGACUGUACUUGAAAUGUGAUGGAAAUGGAUACAAACAUUGUGAGAUAUAAUCUAGUAAUCAUGAUGUUUACUUUUUUUAUUGACUUCAGAAUCUCUGCGUUUAAAUAUUGUUUGUAGCAAAAGGAAUCAUGACUUUUUACCAUUUACCAGGAGUUCCUUUGAACUAACUCUUUCACAUCAGGGUCAGCAUCAUUUACAAUAGCACGCAACCCAUAGGUGGCAACUGGAGGGGAGGGCUUGUUACCGAACACAUGGACACACAUGCGGUAUUCAAUCAUUUUCCAGUUGAACUUGUUAUCUUUAUACCAGAAGAACCUCAGAUAAUCUCUGUCCUCUGCAGGGACUUUAAAGCAGUAGAACAUGCUUUCGAUGUCUGCACACACUGCAACUCGGCUGAUUUGGAACCUCAACAGCACCCCCAACAGAUUAUUGGUGAGAUCUGGGCCUUUGAGGAGGACUUCAUUCAGAGACAGUCCUCCAAACGAAGCUGACGAGUCGAAUACCCCCCUUAUCUUGCCAGGUUUUUUGGGGUUGUAGACACCAAACAGAGGAAGAUACCAGUAUUCCGUGCCAUCUGCAAUUGGUAAGGCUUUCUCUGCAAGCCCCUUUGUGGUCAGCACACUUUUCUUUAUAAUCAUCAAGUGAAAAGAAUAAUACUUUUGGAUCAUUGUCAUAUUUAUAUUAUACCAUGAAGGAAGCCUGGCACUUGGCUUAUAACUGUUCCUAUAAACCAUUCCUCAUUAUCUUCAGUAUUCCACAAUGCUUGAUCCUUUUGCCUAUUAAGAUUGGGACAAUCAAGAACUUGUUAUCUGGUGUUUUUUUGCACAGAUUCUGGAACACUUUUGGCAGCAUUUAUGAAUUUACACUCGUAUUUCAAAUCUGAUGAAUUUUUUUCCUGCCAUUUGAACCUGGAGUAGGAACAAAAAAGUUGAAGCUUGUAUCACUCUCCAUGUUCUGCUGAAGAACCUCUCAACAGAAUCUGAUUUGUUUCUUAAGUAUUUCCUAUCUUUUAGUUUCCUGUCUUUGUGAAUUUAUGAACUCUUCUUCUUGCUCAUCCAAUUGAAACAGUCCGGUUUCCAUUAUUUUACGUCAAGUUUUCUUUUCUGUAAAGCAAACGUCGUAAGUACUUUCAGCCAUCACUUUUGCAGACUCAUCUUGUUUAUGCUGCCAGUAUCCUUGGAUUUUUUGCUAUCAUGCUUUGGCAACCAACUUGAAUUUACUCCUUUCAGAUUUAACUAAUUUGACAAGUUCUGCUAACUCUUCAUCAGAUUUGCUGUCCACAUAGUCUCUAUAUUUUUUUAAAACUUAAUUGCGCUUCAUUUGCUGCAGCAGUAGCAUUAUGUCUUGUCUGUACAAGGAAAUCAAUAUAUCCAAACACACGCUCUGGUAUCUUAUUAGUCAGAGGUGCUCACUGUAAUAUUGGGUUUUAUCAACAGAUAUUGUGGAAAUGGUCAUUCAUGUACAAGUGCUUUAUUCAAGAUGGCAGCCUCCACGGCAUAUUUCCAUGUGUUCAGAAUAUGGUCGACAGAGGGCGUUAUUACAUGUAGUUGAUAAGGCAUAAUCCUACACCCCCCUUCAAGUACCAAUAAGCGUACUUUAAGUUUCUAUUAAUGUUCACUUAAGUUCACUGUGUUUCCUUAACCAAUAACUUCAAGAGUUUAAGAAAUGUUCAGAAUUUCUUGUGAGCUUUAACUUGCUUUCCUUUUAAGAAUUUGUUUUUUCUCUAACACUAGAUGUCAACAGCUCUUCUUUUUUCUAACAACUAGUGUCAACAACUAACUAUUGAACAAGUAAACUUUCACUCUUUUUCUGCAUUGUUUUCAUGCAUGAUGGGAACUGAAAUAUUGGUUUUGUUUUCCUUUUAGCUUGUGGACUGAUCAAUUGGUUGUUUUAGGUUGUGUUUUUAUGUGUUCUAUCCAGUCUAUAAGUCAAGGCGGGUAGGAGGUUUCACAAAACGUCCUGAACAGAUCAUGACAGCAGUCAGUUGAGCACAUGGUGUCUUGGACUGAGAUGGAGAGGGUGUUUGUGAUGGAUUAGACUGUGAAGACUUGGGAGUCGGAGGAGUUGGAAUUGUCUGCUCCGUCACAUCAGAAGAAGAUGGAGAAAGUGGUGCUGGAAGCUGUGAU